CUUUGAGGAUGUGGCUGUGGACUUCACCCUGGAGGAGUGGACUUCACUGGACCCAACUCAGAGAAAGCUGUACAGUGAUGUGAUGCUGGAGAACUUCCAGAACCUGGCCUCUGUGGGAUGUGAGCUCCUGAAACCCAGCCUCAUCUCUUGGUUGGAACAAGAAGAGUUAAGGACAGGGGAGGGAGGAGCUCUCCAAGAAUGGAAAGUGGGAUUUAAAACCAAAGGGUCAGCAUUUCAGCAGGAUUUUCUCAGGGGACAAACCUCUGGAGAGCUAUUGAUGGCAGGAAACCACAAUAGCACAGAACUCUGUGAAUGUAAGCCUUGUAAAGAUUUAAUCAGUGGACACCAGUGCCUUAGGUCACAUAUGGCAACUCAAAAUAAAGGGAGCACUUCUGAGUGUGAUAAGUAUGGAAUAGACAUCCUUUCUCUGCACAAGGAAAUCUCUUCUGGAGAGAAACUUUCUAUGUCAAAUCAGUGUGAGCCUCAUGUUCGAAUUCACAGUGGGAUAAAACCCUUCAAAUGUAAGGAUUGUGGGAGAGCUUUCAUUCAGAACUCAAACCUCACCAAGCACAUCCUCAUCUACAGUGGAGAGAGAUCCUAUGAAUGUAAAGAGUGUGGGAAAGCCUUUGUCAGGUCCUCCCGCCUUAAUGAACACAUGAGAACUCACACCGGAGAGAAACCUUUUCAGAAUGAAAACUGUGGGAAAUCCUUCAGGUAUUCCAAUUCAUUUCAAGUACAUGAAAACACUCACAGUGGAGAGAAACCCUGUGAAUGUAAGGAGUGUGGGAAAGCCUUCAGUUCUUUAAGUUCCUUUGAGAAUCAUGAAUGA